AUGGCCAAGGGUAACGCAAUCACCAUUGCCUCCUCGGCUUUCCUCGCCGUGGGAGGGUUCUUGUUCGGAUAUGACAGUGGUAUCAUCUCAUCUACUAUUGCUAUGCCACAUUUUCUCGAAUACUUUGGCCAUCCCAGCGAUGUGGUUACCGGCGGAGUGGUUUCAAGCUUUCAAGGUGGUGCUGUCCUAGGAACUAUCAUUAACAUGGUCUUUGCCAACAUGAUUGGUCGCAAGAGAACCAUCUUUGCCGGUUCCGUCGUCUCGCUCUUGGGCUCUACCUUGCAGUGCGCUUCAAAUUCGAUGGCCAUGCUUAUUGUUGGCCGCUUUAUCGGCGGCGUGGCCGUGGGCAUGCUUACGAGCACCAUUCCCCUAUAUGCAUCCGAGUUAUCCAUGCCGCAGUGGCGAGGAGCCCUCUCGGGACUCUUGCAAUGGUUUCUUAGCUGGGGCUUCUUGUUUGCUCAGUGGAUAGGCUACGGUUGCGAGUUUUCUGACUCGGACUUUUCUUGGCGGUUCGCUCUUGGUUUCCAGUGUAUCCCUGCCAUUAUUCUGAUAUGUGGUGUUUGGUUCCUACAAGAGUCGCCUCGUUGGUUGAUGGAGAAAGACAGACACGAAGAGGCAAAAGGGGUACUGAACAAACUCAGAAACGGUCAAAACAACUCCCGUAUCGAGCUCGAAUUCAUCGAAAUCCGAGACGUUAUUGCUGCCGAUCGCGAGAUUGCUCAAGUGUCCACCAUGUCUAUCUUGACCAAACCAUCCUGGAGAAGACGCCUUCUUUUGGGAUGUGGUGUGCAAGCAUUUGGACCUCUUUCCGGUAUCAACGUUAUCAAUUACUACGGACCUAGGAUUUAUUCCAUGCUAGGCAUCAACACGCGGACUGCUCUCAUGAUUACAGGCAUUAGCGGUGCGCUCUCUAUCGUCUAUUGUACGAUUGGGCUGUGGCUGUUGGAGAAGGUCGGACGAGUCAAGCCUUUAAUCGUUUCGGCUGGACUUCUCGGCGCCUCCCUUCUCGUCAAUGCUGUUCAAGCUCAGUACCUCAACCCGGACAAUUACAAUCAACUUAGAUCAAUGGUUGCAAUGUACUUUGUCUUCAGCUUCGCUUAUACACCUCUGGGCAUUAUAUCCUGGGUAUACCCAGCCGAAAUCUUCCCAGUCGAGGUACGAGCUCUAGGCAAUGCCAUUACAACCUUUACGAACUGGGUGAUCAAUCUGGUCUUUGCCCAGUUCACGCCCACCGCCCUCAGCCAGAUUGGUUACGCCUAUUUCUACGUGUUUUUCGUUUUCAACAUCAUCGCCAUGUUGUGCUAUUGGUUCUUUUACCCAGAGACAAAGGGUCGUACUCUCGAGCAAAUGGACGUUUUGUUCGGUGAUCAGCUUGUCCCACAUGCUCUCGAAGAUCCCGAAGGUGCCACUGCGGUUCAUAAGGAUAUCGAAGCAGUCACACAUGUGGAGAAGAGUUAA